AGCUCAUGAAGAAGAGAUCCGUGGUGUUCGUGCUCAUCGACGGGCUGGCAGACGUGUCCCUGCAAGAGCUGGACAAGCAGACACCGCUGGAGGCGGCGCACACGCCUACCAUGGACGCCAUCGCCCACGGCGGCCUGACGGGCCUCAUGGACCCCGUGGAGCCUGGCUACGCGUGCGGUAGCGACACCGCUCACAUGUCGAUUCUGGGCUACAACCCCUUCGUACACUACCGCGGUCGUGGCUCUUUCGAAGCUAUGGGCGCUGGGCUGCCUAUGAGCAAGGGCGACGUCGCGUUCAAGUGCAACUUCGCAACGGUGCAGAAGAAUGAAGACGGCCAGCUGAUCGUGGAGAGGCGUCGCGUCGACCGCAAUUUCCCUGCGUGGGGCAUCGAACUCUGCAGCUUCUUGGACGGUCUCACGCUUCCGGAGUUUCCGGGUCUGGUGGUGGUGACGAAGUACGCAACGGAACACCGCUGCGGCAUUGUCUUCAAGGGACCAGGACUGUGCGAUAAAAUGACGGGCACGGAUCCGCUGAAAGACCAUUUGCCGCUGGUGACGUCGGAGCCACUGAAUGACACGCCUGAAGCUGCGUACUCGAGCAAGGUGUUGAAUGCGGUCUCUAAUGCGAUCCACGAGCGCCUGUCGGAUCACCCGAUCAACAAGGCGCGUGAAGCAGAGAACAAACCUCCGGCGAAUGUGGUACUGCUGCGCGGUCCUGGUGAACGAAUUGACGUACCAACGUUCACGGAAAUGCAUGGGCUCACACCGUUCAUGAUCGCCCCGACGUGCAUUAUCGCUGGUCUCGGAAUGUCUCUGGGUUUCGAGAUCGCUACGGCCCCUGGAGCAACUGGGGACUACCACACCAACUUGCGCUCGAAGGCCGAGACUGCGCUCAAGCUGCUUCAUGGCGGCGAUUUCGACUUUGGAUUUGUUCACGUCAAGGCGGUAGACGACGCUGGCCACGACCGUGAUGUCGCCAAGAAGGUGCACUUUACGGAACGCGCGGACGAGAUGAUCUCUGUUCUACUGGAGGGAAUCCACGCUGAGUGCGGUGACGAAGCCAAUGAGGUGACGAUCGUUGUCACGGGUGACCACACCACGCCUGUCAAGUAUGGCGACCAUACAUUUGAGCCGGUGCCGUUUGCGAUUGCGCGUGCCGGAACCGCGUACAAGAGGUUGCAGCACAUCAAGAACGCUGCCAACCGAGCCGAUGUCAACACUUCGUCACCUGGCCCACUGACGGACGAGGUCACCCGCUUCUCUGAGAUAGCAGUGGCGCGUGGCGCCCUUGGUCGGUUUGCUGGUGACCAGGUCAUGACGCUCGUGAAGAGCUUCCGUGAGUAUGAAGUGUAG